CCCACAAGUGGUGUCUCGUCUCUAUUCCUAUAAAUAUUUUUGAAUCCAUAUACCAAAUUGUUUUUUUCCUUCUCUUUAAUUCAUAUAUGGGGUUAAAGAUAUCUGAAUCAGCCAAGCCUUACUUUGCAAUGGUUUGCCUCCAAUUCGGAUACGCUGGCAUGAACCUCGUGACCAAGGUUGUGCUCGACCGUGGCAUGAGCCAUUACGUCCUUGUGGCUUAUCGUAAUGGUUUUGCCAUGGCUGCUAUUGCACCUUUCGCCCUUCUCUCCGAGAGGAAAGUGAGGCCGAAGAUGACGUUCCCAAUAUUCAUGCAAAUAUUUGUACUAGCUCUUCUUGGGCCUACGAUCGAUCAGAACCUAUAUUACGCUGGUCUUAAACUCACUUCACCGACUUUUGCCGGCGCCGUCACCAACAUCGUGCCUGCUUUGACCUUUAUCAUUUCCAUAAUUUGCAGGAUGGAGAAGGUGGAGCUGAGAAAAGUAAGAUUCCAAGCAAAAGUGGUGGGGACAUUAGUGAUAGUGGUUGGAGCCAUGUUGAUGAUUUUAUUCAAAAGUCAUCUAAUCAUGUUUCUCCGAUCGCACCUCAACGGCGAUGCUUCGUCGCCGGCCGGUGAUGACUACCUCAAGGCCACCAUCUUCCUACUCAUCGCCUCUUUUUCUUGGGCUUCCUUCUUCGUUCUUCAGGCGGCUACGUUGAAGAGAUACUCAUCUCAGCUUUCAUUAUCGACGAUGGUGUGCUUCAUGGGAACGUUACAGUCUACAGCCCUAACGUUUGUGAUGGAACCAAACCUUUCUGCAUGGAACAUUGGCUUUGACAUGAACCUUCUAGCCUCUGCUUACGCGGGUGUAAUGUCGUCGAGCAUAGCAUACUACGUUCAAGGUUCGAUGACGAAGCAAAAAGGUGUUGUCUUUGUCACUUCUUUUAACCCUCUUAUCGUCAUAAUCGGAUCCAUCAUUGGCUUCCUUAUCCUCGGCCAAAGAUUAUACCUUGGCGGGGUUCUUGGAAUGGCGAUAUUAAUGGUGGGAGUCUACGCGGUUCUAUGGGGAAAGGAAGGGGAUGAAGAAGAGAAGAGUGAGGAAAAGUUUGUAGAUGUUAAUGUCAAAAUUUGUAAAGGCUCGAAUGCCAAGGAUAAUGGUCUCUCGAUGCCAAGGAUUGAUGAGGAAGUAGAUGUUGAAAUGCAAUCUACGGGGAAAGCUAAAAUGGUGGUGGGUUUGUUGUAGUCUCGUGAGUAUAAAGAAAAGUGUUCACGAGCUUAAUCAGAUGUUUUAAGUCUUUCCUUUUUUUUGUUAGAUAGAGGAGCAACGUUUUCUUUGUUAUAUAUCAUGCUCCAACCUUUUGUUUUUAGGUUUUGUUUUCUAAUCUUAAUUAGUAGGGGUACCCAUCAUCCAUGGUUAAUUCAAACCCCUUAAUAAGACCAAUUAGAUUAAUAAUCGCGCUCAAAUAUGUUGCUUUUGACCAUAUAUAUUCUAUCUAGUUCAAA